AUGGCUCACAGCAAGCGCAACACAUCCAGGGCGGUGUUCACUUCUCAUGAACGUGAGAUGGCCAAGAGUGCCUGGAACUCAACCUCCGCACGCCUGUCAAGAGACUCGUUCCUGCCAUUUGCUUCAUGCAAGUUGUGUCUUCAGCCAGCCGUAUCUCCAGUAUCUUGCCUCCAUGGAGACAUGUUCUGCAGAGAAUGUGCCUUGAACAACAUUCUGUCCCAGAAGAAAGAGAUCAAGCGCCUUGAAAAAGCAAAAGGCAGGCAAGAAGAGGAUGCAGAGGGAGACAGGGAAAGAGAGGAUGCCGAGGCAAAGGCCAGAGCCGUGCAAGACUUUGAGAGAAUCCAGAUGGGACUGGAAGCCAAAACGAGAAGCAACAUCUCCGAUCAGAAGAUUACUGGCAGAGAAAUUAGCAAGAUCUUUGUGGAUGAGGACGUUGUAGGUGGAAAGAAAGGCGGGAAGCGGAAGUUUGAGUUGGAUGAGGAUGAGCUCCUCCGAAUUGCUAGGGAAGAGAGAUCAAAGGCAAGAAAGGCCAUCGAUGAUGAGAAGGCUUCAAAGACAACUCUGCCCUCCUUCUGGGUCCCUUCCAUCACCCCUUCGUCCAAUACCGGCACGACCUUGCACGCUGUUGUGAAGAAGGCCAAAUUAUCUCCUGUGUGUCCGGCUUCCCCAGCUGAUAAGCCGCAUAACUACUCACUGCACACUCUUGUGGAAGUUAAUUUCACUGAGGAGAAAGAAGCCGCUACGAAAACGAGUCGGCCGAUUUGCCCAUCAUGCAAGAAGGCUUUGAGUAAUACUUCCAAGGCAAUGCUAGCCAAGCCCUGUGGACAUGUCUUGUGCAAGAACUGCGUGUCUAAGUUCAUGACACCAGCCGGCGUCCAUGAUCCUCAUGCGCCAGGCGUUGACCAGAACGCAGUAGCUUGCUAUGUCUGCGAGGCUGACCUGACGGAGAAGAAGUGCAAGGCUGAAAAGGGGGCUCUCGAGCCUAAGCUCAAAGCAGAGAAGGAGAAGAUCAGGCCGGGACUUGUAGAGAUCAAGUGCGAAGGCACAGGGUUUGCUGGAGGAGGAAAGGCCAUCGUCCAAUCAGAAGGCGUCUCCUUCCAGUGCUAG